CUUACCAUAAAUUUUUUUUGUAAAUUCAAUUAAUCAUUUUUUUCAGUGAUGUGUUCAGAGGACAAGACCACAGUUGUGCAAGUGAAAUUAAGUAUUUGAGUCCACAGAAUUGUGAAAUCAAUACAAUCUUACUAGGAUUAUUUUAGCUGCAUCCAUUCAUAUCAGACUGUCUCUCUGGGCUACUGAUCUAAACAACAAGAAUACUGUAACCUUUCCUAACACAUUUAAUAUCAAACUUACAGUCCUGUUUCUCUUUGAAUGUUCAUUUGUAGGCCAAUUUAGAAGGUUAUUUUGAGAAAAGAGAUGGGCAUAUUGAUAUCCUGAUGGAGGCAAUCCAAAGGCAGUGUGCAUCUCUGCCUGAGACUGCUUCAGAGAUCAAAACGGUUUGCGCAGAGUAUGACCUUAAAACCAAUCAUAAAGAUUCUAGAUUCAUAUCUCACCCUCGGCCUCUCUUACAAUCUCUAGGUCAUUGUGAAAAUAGCUUACGACAGUGUUUCCAAAGUGUACCUGGAAUGCUUGAUGAAGACAAAUGUCAGAAAGCUAGAGAUGCUUUGGGGAAAUGCUGAGGAAAAGAUAAAAGAGGAUGUUCAACAUUUUCACCAAAUAUUCUCUGACCUGGUGAAAAAUUAACUCUAUUUCUCAGCAUAAUCCUAGUUUUAAUCCUUAACUUUUGACUAAGAGAACAGUGUGUUUUUUCAUUCAUUACACAAAUAAAAAGCUCAUGGUUUGAGUAAAGUGAUUUCUACCUGCAGAAUGGCAUUGCUGCCCAGGAGAGCUCCUUCAGAGAAUGAGUGUUUUGCUUUACAGUCAUGUAAAAACGAAGGACGUUACCAAUGCUUUGUUCAAAGACUUCCCUCAGGAGAGUGAGCAGUAUGUACCUGGUCUGCUGCGCUGGAAGGGUGUGUUAUCAGAGCAACAGGUGAAGGAAGUGCUGGAUGAGAUUCGGGAACCCUGCCAAAAUCCAGAUCCUACACAUGUCACCUGUUUUCUUCUGAAGGGACUUUUUUGUUGUAAAUAGCUUGAGGUCAGAGGUCAGUAAAAGUAAGCUAUGGAGAAUGUUCUCUGAACAUUGUGCUAUUUAUAUUUUCAAGCAUUCAGAUCUGAUGUUAAUUUUUAAAAUAUGUCCUAAAUCUUUUUUGUUCACACCUGUCUAAAACAAACUGUUGGUGUUCCGAACAAAGUGAAAAUACAGGUGAAUUGGAAACAAUUACUCUGUAAAGACUGACAUUUGAAAUAAUAGUUAGAACAAUUUUUUUUUUAAAUGGGACAGUUUAUUAAAAAUGUAUAUGCCAACUUACAUAAAAUGCAUUUAAAUAUUAGUUGUCACUCUGUAUCUUCCAAUAGUAUGUCUUAGUAAAAUGAUAUUUAAAUGCUUAGUUUUAUUAUCAAAGCUCUGUAGUUAUUUAUUGUUGGGCAAAACAUAUAAUGCAAUGCAAUGCAAUAAUUGUUGAGAAAUGAACAAAUAAAUAUUUCUAGAAAGCCUUAUGUGUAAUAUUCAAUAUGCAUUUUAACAUGAUUUUUCAAAAAAAAAAAAAGGAUAAUCAAUUAAACCUAAGCUGCUUCCAUCCAGUAAGUGUUCAUCUUAAAUAUUAAUAACAAUAUAAAAGUCAUUCUUACAUUUACUUUAAAAAAUUACGUGCACCAUGACCUGAAGGUGGACGUUUUUACGAUUAUAUUUAAAGGCCUUUUACUUCCUAAAAAAAGGUGUGGCAUUGUGUACAACAGGCUUUUAAGCAAGGUUUUGAUUAUAUUCAUUUAGAAGCCUUUGAAAUUUGUGUAUCAAAUAUGAUACAGUAGGCUUUAGGGUUUAAGCAGCUUUAAAGCACUGAAAGGAAAUCAGCAUGGUUGUCGGCAUGCCAUCAUUUUAUGGUGAUAGGGAAUAGAUGAGUUCUGUCUUACCACAUUACUGCUACAUGAUCUGCCAAGUUUGUGUGUUGGUUCAAUAUAAGCGCAGGGCACUGCCCUGGCACUUCUAAGGGGGCUGUUUUUUCAGUUUCAUUUUCCCUUUCCCUGUUAUAAGAUGUAACUUCUUGUCAAUGUACUUGGCCUUAUGUACAAUAUGAUGAUUUUAGUUUGUAACACAGUGUAGUGAAUAUUUGGCACACUCAAAGGCUAGGUUUCACUUUCAUUUUCACUUACACAAUGUCACAUGUCAUAGCUUUCAAAAAGCCUUUAUGAUCCAAAGCCAUGGAUUCAGUGAGGUAUGAGGAAAGUACCAAGCAACCAACAUAAGCUGCAACCCCAUUGGCUGGAAUGUUCAUUUAUGAGGGAAACUCCCAUAAAUGCACCUGCUGUGAGCACUGCAAUCUCACCAUUUACUCUCAUGUAUUCUGCGGGACAAGCAAGCUUUUUAUUUGUGUGAAGUUCAAACAAACAAAAAUGCUAAGCGUGUUGAGGCGGAAAAAAAAGAAUGGGAAUGAAGAGACCCCUUUAAUGAAAAACAUAGAGCAGACAGAUGGGGAACAGACAUCUGAAUACAGUUCACAGCAGUCCGGAGUUCCUGAUCUCAUCGCUCUAGAUGUUGAAGCGAGUAACAAGAGAGUGCUUAAUAUUCUCAGAAUGAUUCUGAGUGACCAAUCAACCCCUGAGGACUUUGACACUGCAGCUGAGGUGCUGAAAACAUGGAGCAAACUGAACAACAGCUUCUCUCAAGACUGGCUUUGUGAGUACCUUCAGGAAAUAGAUCAGUUUGUUGAGAAAAACUUUCCCUCGCUGCCAGCAGAGGGACCACAAGGAUCUCAGUUAGAGCAGAUGCAAGAAUUUCUAAACAGUGCACAGAGUGUUAUAUAUGAUGAGGUGUGUCGAUUAACACCUUUACUGAAAGAUGCUGGACUGCUAGUUCAUCUGAUGGACAGUUACAGCCAUCACCUCUUUACCAACCUGGACCUGCUCCUAAACAGAGAUCUUUCAGCGAAUGAAAUUUUCUGCCUUCUAAUGUGGGGAAAAAAUGUUUUCUUCAGUCCAGACUCACAGCAUUUCUUCAGAGUGUACGACCCUCUGCUGUUGACAGGUUGGUUUGAGAGAGCAACAAGGAAGCUGCUGCCAAAACUGGAGGAUGACAUCUCCACGACUCUACAGAACAUCCGACACUAUGAUGAGGAACAUGGACAUAAUGAGGACUCAAUGGAUGAAGAAACUUUCAUCAGAGUUCACUUAGAUGUCACCCAGUGUCUGAAUGCUGUUAUUAACAAUUCUAAAGAAUUUAGUAACACCCUGAUGUGUACAGCACAGACGCUCUGCCUUAAAGAGCUUCAUCAUUUUGUUCAGGAGUAUGCACAUGCACAGAAAAAAUGUCUGGGAAAACAGAAACCCCUGAACUCAAAAUAUGUGCAUCUGUUUCGGCUCAUCAGCACCAGUAGGCAACUCAGAUUUUUUGCUGAUCGACUCAACAAUCCGGAUAUUAACAACAGUAACGACCUCUCAAACAUCAUCUGCAUGUUAGAGGAGCUGGAAGAUCACGUUCUGUCAAUUGUACAGAAGAUGAUGAAACACUUAGCGCAGGGCUAUUUGAGAAAAUAUUUCAAAAAAGAAGGUGAGCAAAUUCAAAUGCUGACAGAGGGCAUUCAAAAGCGGUGUGCAUCUCUGCCUCAGGCUCAUGUGGGAAAAGAGAUUCAGGAGAUCUUUGUAAAUGUAGCCUAUGACUGCAUUUCACACGUAUAUCUGGAUUGCCUGAUGAAGAGCAAGUUCAAGCGGCUAGAGAAGAGAUGGGGAAAUGUCGGAGAAAGGAUGAGAGAGGAUGCUCUCAGUUUUCACAACACAUUUACUGAACUGAAUGGCAGUGAUGACCAGAGGUACCAUCUCCUUCAGAGAAUGAGUGAAGUUUUGCUCUGCAGUGAUGUAGAUGCACUGAAGAUUACCUGUUGUGAUUUGUUCAGGGAUUUCCCUCAAGACAGUGAGCAGUAUGUACCUGGUCUGCUGCGCUGGAAAGGUGUGUUAUCAGAGCGACAGGUGAAGGAAGUGCUGACUGUGAGCCGGGAUCUCGUUCUGGAUCUAAAGCCUAGACGUGUCACAUGUCAGCGUCUGAAGGGGCUUUGCUGUUGUCUUUGAUAUGAAUAGCAACAUCAGCCAGAUUUGUGAAACCUCUGUUUACAAGUUUAAAUUGAUGACAUGACUUUUGUGAACAUUAGUGAACAUUAGUUGUUUAUACAGGUACAUUUAUAUUUUAAUCAGAUACAAUAUUUUUGUACCUUUUAACCUUUUGAUUUUACUUGAAAAUAGGAAAUCAUGUUUCUAUCUGACCACCGGGAAAAAAAUGAAAUUACCCUUUUUGGUAUGUCUUUUCUAUGAUAGUAUAAUUAAUUAAGUUUAAAAAAUUAAGUAAAAUUUAAAUAUGGAAUUACCUAAAGUUGACUUAAGUUAUGUGAAAUUCGCAAAGGAAAUAAGUCAAUUUAACAUAGCUAUUUAGAGUUUGAUGAGUAAUUUCUUCUUAAUUAUUGCAAUACUCAAGUACUUUUCACUCAAUCAUAGUUUGUAAACUUCAUUCAAACAAUGUAGCACUGAAAAAAAAGAACUAUGCUAUUAAAGCAUGUGGUUCAUUUACAAACAUGUAAGCAAGCAAACCGCUUUUUAUCCUUUUUAAGAUGAUAUGUUUACACAAUAUAGUUUUUACCCAAAUGAGCAACAGUUACUAAAUCUAACAACAAAAGCAACAAGAAAACAGUGUAAAUAGAACUCGAAAACAUAAUUACUUAUUCCCCAGUGCAUGAAUCUUUGUAAACAUAACAAACAAUUCCAAGUAAAAUAUACUUAUAAGUUCAAACUUUAAUUUCUACAAGUUUAAAUUGGAUACUAAUAUAGAACUUACUCUUUUUUAAUUCUUGCCUGAACUAAACAUUUGUUUUUCCGUAGUAUUUACUAUUCAUUUUUAUCAGUGAGGAUGGUAACCACAUGUCCAUUUAUUUCUUAAAUUAUUGUUAAAUUAUUGUUGUAAUAUUUAAUAUUUAUAUUGGUUGUAUUUUCUUUUAUUUAUUCUUAUUUGAAAAUAGGACACAGUAUUUCUUUUAUGUAAGAUUAUUUUAUCAUACAAGAGUCAGUGGUACUAUAACAAGUAACUUUAAAAGUAUAACAAGUGACUUUGGUACCUCAAUAAAGACAUAAAUGACAUUUUUAACAGUA